AUGCAGGACCUCAUUACGAUGACCGAUUCCGAGUCCAACGGCCGGGAGCUGCAACAACAGCAACAACAACGCACGCACGUCCAAUCCUCCUCCGUGGACGUAUCUCGCACCCGUCCCACGUCCCUUCCGGCCACGCAGCACACCCGUGCAUCCUCAAUCGCCACGUCGUCACCCGCGGCAAACCGAAACCGGCUCUCGCUCUCGUUCCCGGUGCUACCGCCGGGAUUCACUCCUCCGCCGCGCAACUACUCACCAGCCACGCUGUCGCCCUCGGGGCUGAUCACACCCCCGAACGGCGAGCUCGACCCGGCCGACUCCGCCGCGUUCCUGACCGCCCUCGCCGGCCAGGAGCGCAGGGUCCUCGAGCUCAAGGAGGAGCUGGCAAAAGCCGAGACGGAGCUCGGGAAGCUUAAGCGGCAAUGGGCCACCCACGAGGCGAAUAAAUCACGCUACGAGAUUUCGCGAAACUCCGGCUUGACGUCGCCUUCGCCGCGCGGGGAUGUGUCCGGCUCCGCCUCGUCGCUGGCUUCGCCUACGAGUAGGGAGGAGUUUCAGCGCCGCCAGAGGGCCACGGCUACGGGGAGGAAGGUGCUGCCCAGCCAGCGCCAUCAGCGCACGCUGUCGCUGCUGUCGCCGGAGCGACAGGAGUUCCGCCAGCCGUUUCCACGGCCGAAGGAUGUGGACGAUGCCUCUCCGAGGGAGAGGCACCUGAUGAGUCCGCUGGAAAUGAAGGAGAAAGAGGUGGUCAGGACACAGUCUAUGGAUCUCCCCACACGACCGGGGAGCCAAGAAGUCUUCAUCAAGACGGGCCAGCAGAUCGCCGCCGAUUUCCGCGACGGCCUGUGGACCUUCCUCGAAGACCUGAAGCAAGCGGUCGGCGACGACAUCUCGCGUCCCGCGCCUCCUCCCUCGGCCCGUCCCACCGCAGUCCGCAAAUCCUCCUCCAAGGCCUCUUUGCGAAAGGAAAAAACCGGGAGCGCAGCGCUACAGCGUCGUGCUUCCCGCGAAGGCGGCAAAUCCUCCUCCUCCCGCAGGGGAAAGGAACGUGAAGCUCCAGCAGAAGAGUCGCUCAUCGACUUUGGCGAGGACGAGCCCUCUUCCUGCUCAGAAUCAAACUUCCGCUGGAGCACCGGCAGCACAGAUAGCAUCAUCUCGCCGCCGUCGCGCGCCUCGACUCCUCGCACAUCCACCAGCUCCACAACCUCACAAUACAAGCCCACCGGCGUCUCCACCACCUCCACCACCCCACCCCUCUGGAACACUUUGUCCACAACGCCCUCACAAUUCAAAAAGCACGCCAACGCGCUUCUCACGCAAGUGGAGAAAUCCUUCGCAAUCCCACAGGAAGGGGGCGAGACGACGCUAGCACGCAGCAACAGCACGGGCUGCGACCACCACCAGCAGAUCCGACGGCGCGAGGGGAUACGCGCUCGCGCGGCCAGCAGGGACGGCGCUGGCGGCGGCGGCGGUGAUGCAUGA